GUUAUCGGCCUGAGCACAGACGUGAAGAACGUGUAAUUUAGUAAUCACGAAUACCUUGGGAUACUACCUCAGCGCUACUGUCUUUCCCACAAGGCGCACUUUCUCCCGCCCUCGUCAGCGUGGAUUGGCUUUCUUUCAUUCUUCCGAAAUCUUAUUGGAUGAUACCUCUGUCAGUAAACGUGUCCGCAAGGAUGGUGUUUCAGUAGAGGUGUCGUCCAGGACAAGCAGGGUCAAGCAAGUGGUAUGCAGAAUAGAAGACAAGAAAACUUGAGAAAAGACUGCAAGAGGAAGUUGUGUUGGACGGAGGAAAGAGGAAGCGCUCAUUUUGUACGAAGGGAAAUGCUCUGUGAAAGUGGCGCACACUAGAAAAUGGACGACUGUCGGACAUCUUUCAUAAAAGUCAGUGAGGACCGGGUCAUAGCCAGAACUGAUCUCUUUUUCCUGCUGAAAACGUACAACUGCUACCAUGAGGGCAGGAACUUUCAGCUGUGCAGUCGAGAGGAAGAGGGCGAAUUAAUCAUCGAGGGCCUGCUCAACAUCUCCUGGGGUCUGAAGCGACCAAUCAGACUGCAGAUGCAGGACGACUACGAGCGAAUCCGCUUCUCUGUCGUGGGACCGUGGAGGCUCGAUUCCCAGGAGACCAACAGAAUGGAAAAGACUCAGAAAGUUUUGCAAAAGCAGACCUCAUUAGAAUCGAACAACAAUUUCUAUGAAAAAGCCUCUCCACCUACUCAAGCAUACUCGGACGUCGGCAGCUCGGAGGAGGAAGCGCCGCAGCUGAUGAGAACGCAGAGCGACGCCAGCGUCAUGGACGUCCAGAGGAGGUCCAAACUGCGAAGCUCCGCCCACCUGCAGCGGCUCAAGCGCCAUCGCUUCUCCAUCAACGGACAUUUCUACAACCACAAGACGUCAGUGUUCACCCCGGCCUAUGGCUCAGUCACUAACGUCCGUGUGAACAGCUCCAUGACCACUCUCCAAGUCCUCAACCUGCUCCUCAACAAAUUCCGUGUUGAGAAUCAGUCAGACGAGUUUGCUCUCUACGUGGUUCACGAGUCUGGGGAGAGGACGAAACUGAAAGACUCAGAAUAUCCCUUGAUAACUCGCCUCCUGCAUGGGCCCUGUGAAAAAAUAGCAAAGAUAUUCUUAAUGGAAACCGACCUGGGCGAAGAAGUGACCUACGACGUGGCUCAGUAUAUCAAGUUUGAAAUGCCUGUGCUGGACAGCUUCGUACAGAAGCUGAAGGAGGAAGAAGAGAGGGAAGUUUCUAAACUGACCAGAAAAUACGUCACACUGAAGUCUAUGAUCAUGCAACAGCUGGAGUACGUCUCUGAGAGUCCGGAUGGUAUCUGAGGACAUGACCAUAUAUGGUAAACUCGCAGUCCCAGCUCAAAACUGCCGUGAGCAUGCACUGGCACUGUAGAAUGGCCGCUAUUCAAUCCCCACCUCUUUGACGCUUUGUCCAUAACUUUGACUAAAUGGAAUUCCGAACGUGGCAAUGCGUUUCUGUUGCUUUACCUCAGAAUUUUGCAUUCAUCAGUUUAUCAGCUUGGCUAUUUCUGUUGCAACAAAAAUAUAAAGCUCGCUAAAAUCUGCUGGUUAAAGUUAUGUACAAACCUCAAAUCAUGACAAUUUAAUAGCGCUGAAAGUUUUUGCUGGAAAGUUAAGAUGUUGAAAAACCCACUAUGAUUAUAAUAUGUUAAAGACUAUCUCUGCUGCAAGGCUUGUACAGAUACUAUUCCCACAUUGUGUCAUUGGAAUUGUCCUCUAAAUUCACUGAAUUACUUUGAGGAAUACAAAGGCCUUUCCAGCGAAUCCAUCACAUUAAAAUGCAAAGGCGAUAAGAUACAAUGUUAAUAUUGAAGAAAGUUAGGGAUAUCUGUGUCACCUUCGGUGUGAAUUUUGAUGCUCAAGGUCCCUUAAUGCUCACCUGCUGAUUUCAUCACAUGAACACAGAGAAGCCAUUAAUUAUAGAAAAUCAAAGCUGUGUGAUACUUGCAUAAUUUAAAGGUAGAAUAUAUUUAAUAUACUACAGAUGUGAGCGAACUUGUACAGUAGCUCAGAACACUAAUUUUUUUUUUUGUUUGUUUUUGAUUAUUUUCUUAUUAGUAUCUGGAGAGGUAAAAUCAUUUUGUAGAAUAAGCCUUUAUAGUUAUGCUUUGGAUUAUAAUGCACAGUGUAUAAAAUAUGCAGAUGUACAUAUUCUUUUUGAAGGAAGAAUGUUUAAUAAAGAUUUAUUAAUGUA